GAUCCAGUUGCACGUCUCACUCGCGAGAUGAACCGACGCACCUUGACCUGUUGUAACGCUGAAUGAUCCCUACAGAUGAGCCUUGCGUCGCCAGGCAGUUGCUUGCUUUUCCAGUAGUGGAGGCCUGCUAGGAACAAACAUGCCAAUUCGUUGCUUGCGACGGAAGGAACAAAGUUGAAAGAAAUCACCACGAAGAAGGGUUUGAAUUCGUUGCGCUGUGACGCUCAGUUUCUAGAUGAGUAGGUAGCGAAGAAGACGGCGUAGAUUACAAUGGAGAAAUGGCUGUUGUUCGUGGUAUUCCUGAGCCUCCUCCUCGUGUGUAGCAUUCCAAGCAAGGCCAGGGCAAAUCGGAGAAGGGAAGCUGCAAUAGAUGUCGACAGGCACGGCAGCCUACGUCUCAGCUCUCCGGGUGACAUCACUCUUCUGCCAGCGGCUGGAGCAGGCUUUGUUCUAUUCGACAAGAAGGUGACAUCGUGGGAGGACUUUGCAGAGAAGCUCCGAAACCAGGAGCCGAGGAAGCCCGAGCAAGCUCCAGCUGCAGCAAACGACAACACAACAGACAUCCUUGAGCACCUCCAGCGUAAGUUGCAUCAGCUGGAGAAGCGUCUUCAGAUCCUGGAAGAUGGUGCUGGAAGUGGGAUUGUAUCAUCAUGGAUGGCACCAGUGUUCUUUCAGAUGAUGACGCCGGAGUGGUUACGGAGCCACGCCACUUUCUACGAAACCCCAGUGAUCACAGCCGAGCAGGUCGCUUUCAUACCGGCCGAAGUGCGGUACCAUCGAUUGCUCAGUGUGCCCCUUGUCUCCGCUGGUCAGCUGAGCGCGGACAAGACGUAUUUGAUAUCCAUGACCAUCCGUCACACCAAAAUGAACCAGCAUGUAGCUGACAAUGAUCUGAUGCUGGCGAUCAGUGACGAGAAGUCCGCCAUCGGCUUUUGGUUCAUGGAUCAGCAGCCAUUUGUCACUCUUGCUGGCGUCCCAGGUGUGGUUCUAACGAAGAUCACACGAUCUAUUCCCGACCUCGAGCCGCCCAGCAGCAGUGCAGCAUCACCGGAAAUCUGGCAUAUGAGAAUGAGGCUGACUGCUCAGUCGUCGUGGGGCACAGUGUGGGGUCCAUCAUUAUCGGCAGGUCAAGGUCGACAAAGUGUCUACCCCAGGCUGCUGAAGCCAAGCGGCGGGCUCUCACUGGAGCUGUAUCGUAAUGAUCCAAAUGAAGCCUAUCUGAUCAAAUACAUUGAAGUAACGAUAAGUGCCGAGCAGUAACUGCUAGAUACUGCAUGCACGUGCAGCAGAAAAUACGCCGGUACACACAAAGUGACACGAAAUACUUUAUCUCUACGGCGAGCAGGUAAUAUAUUUCCUUUGAAAUAGAGUUAUUGCAGUUGGCCGCCUUGAGAAUCCAUGCCUUGUUGGUUAACAUGAUAAUUAUCUAACCCAAUUUGCCCGACAUUGACUAUGGCGAUGCAUGACUGUACAUAAAUCCCUCUGUAGACAUGACUUCUCUCCAUGGCACCCAUUACAGUGCUCCAAUCACGAUAUGCCAUACUAUAAUUGCCAAGAGGUAUACAGAUUCUAACACUAAAGCUACUGAAAACACACACUUUAUUCCUAUACACUAUCUGUCGGCAUAAAUUAAAUGUACAUGUACACCUUGCGCCGGUCUA